CAGAAGGCAUCAGUAGGAAAAACAUAUUUAUAAAAUGAAGAAUCAUGGUAGCUUUAGACUUCAGUUUCAGGGUCAUGGUAUUGAGCAAGCCACUGCCUCACUGUGGCAGUGGCUUGUAUCACUGCCUGUGAUAAUGUUAUUAGAAAUGCUUAUGUUUUUCUUACUCUGACAAGUUAAAAUGCCAGCUGUGAAAAAAGGCCUAUGUGCUAGUGUACUAUAGUUAAGUUGCUUAACAUGCUAAGGGAAUCUCAGCUUUACAUUCACUUGAAUAUGACUAAAUUUAAUUAAAAUGAUAGAUAUUUAAAGGCCCUGCACAUCCUUGGUUCACUCACACAUCUGCUUUCAUAAAGUGCUUCUCUGUGCAAAUAGCACAUGCCCAACUGUGACACUCACAUCAUCAUAUUGGAUGGUGUGAUUCAUUUUCAGUUUUAUUGAUCUUUAUAAAAAAUGUACACUUUGUAAGGUCAGAACAGUUAAGGCAAAAACUGUUAAGUAAAACAGGAUGCUUCAACAACAUAUUUUUAUAAGACAUGGAGAAAAAGCACAGGUAUAAAUAAAAUGGCUCUGUUAAAUUCAAGCAUCUCAGUGAUCGGACAUGUGUAGACCAAAGCAGAAUAGAAUUCAGCCAGUUUUCUUUUUGUCCAAUCUGUCUUACACCUCUGAAGCCUAGCCCAGGUUGCUUGAUCUCCGAAAGAUGUAACAGCUGGCUAAACAUUAAAAAUACAAUAUUCUGCACCUUUUAAAAUUUGUAUAGUUAUGUCCUUGUCUGUUAUUUUACCUAUCUAUUGCAUGAAAUUCCCCAUAUGGAAUCAGGGAAUAACAAUAUAUAAUCUGGUUUGAUGCGCCGGACCUGAGCCACGUGACUUACUCUUGGCUAAAGACUCCACCUCUCACAUGAACGCGCUUUAAGCCGAAUAACAAAAUCCAGGGUUGACAAAGCUUGUCGAUAUUCAGCUUCGGGAUACCGGUUAUCUUGUCCUCGUUCUUGUCGCCUAGACAAUUUUUGUGAUGUGACGCAUACCGUAGCAAACUACCGCACUGAUUAACCUGGGGUUUACUGCGUCUCACGACCGCGGGUUACGAUUUGAUUACUAAAUCUAGCAUUGAAACAUCUCGGAUAACUGCGCGCACCCGCUCCACCAUAAAGGGAAGAUCAGUCGCACGCUGAAACCCGGAUCGCAGUUUAUGAACACACAGAUUUCCAGAUGAUGAAAAAACAAGAGAGGGCACAUUUUUUCAGUUCUAAAGAGCAGGAUCUCAUUUUGAAGUUGUAUGAAGAAGAGAGAGGGAUAUUAACAGCCAAAUCCAACACUACCAGCGCCUCUAAACUGAGAGAGGAAGCAUGGCAGAGAAUUGCUGAUAAGAUAAAUGCGGUGUCGGACAGUGGCUACAAACGGACAUGGCAGCAAGUGAAAGUCAAACAUAAAAACAUAGUGCAAACAGCAAAAAGAAGAAGGGCUGAAGUGAUGAGAAGUGAGGAUGGGUCAGCAACACCGUCACUGGCCCCUGUGGAGGAGAAUGUGUCACAGCACAAUGACAACAGGCUGAGAGUGGAGGUCCUCCCUGGGGGUGCCUGUAUUGAGCAACUGACUGGAUCUGAAAGCUCUUUUAUUAGUGUGUCAGGCCAUCCUGUUCUCCUCCUGCCUGUAACAAAAACUGAACCAGAGAGCUUGAGCAGUGAUGGCACAGAUGUCAGUGAUGCACAUUUUGAAGGGUAUGUGCGUAGUAGCAGCUUGCAGGAGAGGGCUACCUCGCCACCUGCUACACCCGACAUCAGACGUGCAGAGAGGCGGACAGAGGACAUAAGAGCUCUUUACUGCUGUUACCUCAAAAAGGAGAUAGAGAACCGUGACCAGCAGAUGGCUUACAGAGCGCUUAAAAUGAGGAAGCUGGAAAAAGAAAUCUUAUUACUUGAUAAGCAGCUGAUGUGACCACGUAAAGUAAUCCCAGUGUUAUCUUACUAUUAGAAUAUGUUAAAGCAAUAUUUUUACAGUUACCGCAAAACUGAGUACACCCUUGUUCAAUAUCACAAAAACAUUAAAUUAUUCAAAAUUGCCUCAUCUUACAGAAUCAGAAUCUGCUUUAUUGGCCA